GAAAACAAAAUAAAUGAACUGAAUAAAGAAAUUGAAAUCCUAGAGGAAAGAGAAUCCAGUAAAAAGAAACCGCUAGAGAAAAUGGCUGUAGAUAUAAGAGAAUUUGAAACUAAAUUACUUUCGUUAAAUGAAAAUAUGCAAGUUCUAUCAGAAAAGAAUGAUACUUUAACAAGAGAAAUAAAAAGCCAAGCUGAUUUAAUGCAAGACUUGCAAGAACAAUACCAACAAAAUAUUAUGAGCACAAGAAACAAAUUUCAUAUUUUAAUUUCUAAGCAAGCUGUGAUGUGUAAACUCCUGCAACAAAGAUUGUCUCCCAUUGACAGAUUGCUUCAAAUUUGUCAUCACAACUGUGAGAACAGAGAAUUAAAGCAUAAAAAGUUUGAAGUUUUUGAAAAAGAUUUUACAAAGUUAUCGGAGGACUUUCAUAUCCUGGCCACUCAACAAGCGAAACGUUUGACAGUAGGUUUUGUUGCUUCAUGUGGGCAGGUAGACCGUCGCAAAAUGGGAUUAGAAGGCUACAAACUCUCUUACACCGGCGUAGAGCGUAACCUAGGAAACCAUUUUAACCCCAACACCGGAGAGUUCACCGCCCCUGUUGAUGGCCUGUACAUAGCAAGUCUUACAGUAAAACAAACGGGAGAUAAGCCCGUACAUGUUUGGAUAAAACACAAAUCUGGAUGUACACAGUCAUGGCUGGGUCCUGUAGAGACAAAAGACAAGUUUAACCUGGCUUUAAGGACAUCCGUGGCUUGGUUGAAAACUGGAGAUGUUUUACAUUUAGAGAGUUUUGGUAUGGGAUUUAACUGUACACAUUUUUCUUGCUUCCUCCUUGGUAUGUAG